ACAUCCACAUCCGCGCUGCACGAUGCCUGAGUGACUUGUGCUGGAUUUUAGAAACCGUGCACGAGCGGCUUCCUUUCCCCAAAUCCAGAUCCUUCGUUUUUUAGGAAGUGAUGUUGCGCGCGACGGGAAAAGUGAUUUGAAGAAGUUUUUCUUUAUUGUUUAUAACCACGAGGACUCGGAUGGUAAACACUGGACCAGUUCCUGUGCAGCGCUUUAACGAGGACGCAGACGGUCCAUGAUCGGAGCAGAUCGUCUCUCAGGUGCUUUUACGCGCAGCCGCCGCCGCCGCCGCACACCGGGCAGGACGAACCGAAAGAGUAACGGAGUGAGGUGACGGAGAGAGGGAUGGUGGCGGAGAUGGCGAGCUGCGGAGCGGCGUGUCACCUGGAGGACGGGGACGGAGAUAUCCCCGCCCCCGAAAACAAAGAUCCUCUGGCAGAAAGUGACAGCAGUAGUUCAGAGAACGCAGGAACAUCCACUGAGGAGAGCUCCGAGGAGGAUGAUGAGGAUGAAGAGGAGGGGGGGGACUCUGAAGGCUCUGCUGUGAAGGAUGGAGGCGAAGAAGAAACUGAAGAACUCGAGGCAGAGGAGUCUCAACGAGAGUCAGCUGAUGGACCCGGAGCGGAGGUUUCAAAUGGGAAAGAUGAGAGGAUCAAAAUAUGCUGUGAAAAAUGCAAAGCCAUCCAACAGAGCCAUGGCAAUGAGCUGGUCACCCCCAGGAGGAUCUCCAAGGGACGAUUACAGGUGCAGCUGGAAGACGAGGGGACGUACGAGUGCUCGGUCACCGGCCUGGUGUUCGAGGCCUCGGAGCGGGUCCUCGUCAGGUACUCGGUCUUGUCCUGGUCCAAGUUUGGCGCCUUCCUCCGCGACUCCUGGAAAUACGCGGGACCCAUCUUCAACGUGGACACGGUCAACAAGGAUGCGUCCGUCCUCAAGUCCAUCCAGUUCCCCCACUCUGUCUGCCUCGCUGAUCCAGAAAAUGAGAUGACUUUCAGCGUCCUGCACAUAAAGAACAACCGUCCACUCAUUGAGCCGACAGUGGACCACUCGGGCAGCCACGUGAAAUGGAACGUCACGUCCCUGUCCCCCGUGGGUCCCAUCAUCCAGACGAGCCAGCCUGUGGAGCACCACGGCGUGGUCCUGGUCUACAAGCAGCUGGGCGGCGACUGCAACAACAACAACUACAGCUUCCACAUCUACCUGGCCACCAACAGCCGCUCAGACAUCACCGAUGUGUCCAAACAAGUGCGCUGCUACAAGAAACGUUACAGUCAGAUAGAGAAGCCGCCCACGUGUAAGCUGGACGAGAGGACGUAUCGUCUCCUGAGCGAGCCGGAGGGGGACAUCAAACCUCAGGAUUUGAAGUUCACCCUGGCAGUGACCAAAAUGAAAGGCUACUUUGAAGCUUUCUUCGAGCAGCCGCCUCCGUUUAAAUUGUCUCUUAUAGAGAUCGAGUCUGAGGAGACAGUGUGGUCCGCCACCAUCCGAGAAGGUGAUUGUGUGGAUAACACCGAAAAGAAGCCACGGAAGAGGACAAGCAGCAGACAGAGGAGCAGCAGCCCCUCCGAAGAAGAAUCAGCCAUGAAAAGGCCUCGGUGGCAGGAUGAGUCCGAUGGAGUGAAGACAGCGAUGACUCAGUGCCAGGACAUGUCCGAGAAGCAGCUCCUGCUGGUGGCCAAGCGGCUCGGGAAGGAGUGGAAGCAGGUGGCCAUCUAUCUGGACUUGAACUCAAGGGACCUGGACGAUAUCCAGGCAGCGGAGAAGAGUGACGUGACCAUGCAGAAGCUGAAGAUGCUGGUGGAGUGGAAGAGCAGGAGGCGGCCGGGAGAGGCCACGGCGAACCACCUGUAUAACAGCGUGGAGGACCUGGACGACUUACCAAACGAGGUCCGCCAGACACUGCAAGAUAUGAUGAACAACCAAGCAGCGAAGUGAAAAAGGGAUUUGAGCUAAGUGGACUGAUCUGUUCCUCUGGCAUCACAGAGGAGAAAGGAUCUCAGGGACACAGCGACGCAGAGUCGACCUCUUGACCAAACAUCAGCUCUUCCCUCACUGUGUUUCUCUUUUGGACAUAUUUCUGAAUGUGGAACUAUGCGAUGAGUUUUUAGUCUUCAAUUCGUUCAGGCAUUUUCCUUCAUUUUCUUCAAACGUAGUCCUUUGAUUGUAAAAACAGAAUAGACGAGCCUUAGCUAAAGGCCAGAAUUUGAUGCUGAGCAUUGUGAGGUUCUAAAAUGACCAGUAGAGGAAGCGUGUUUUCAGGUAAAAGGUCAUUGAGAUAUUUAGCAGCUAAUUGUGUAGCUAGGAACUGAUGUAAAUGUUGGUGCUGCAGUGUCUUAACUGCAAAAAUCAGGAAAAUCCAAUUUGUGUAUUUUGUUUCAAUUUUGAAUGCAAGAUUUCUGUACUUUUUAUAAAACGAUUAGGCAUUGCAUCACAUGAACGUACAUGUGACCGUCCAAGGCAUAGAUAGACUGUUUAUAUCGAUGGACAACGUCUCUCCACUUCCUCCCACACUUGAAAAUAAGCUUAAAUAACCCAAAUAUGAACACGGUUCUAAUGUGGUCUGGCAGAUACCAAUUGUUAGUCAGUCUAAGCUGUCAAUCAUGAUGUUUCAGCUAAUUUUAUAACAUCAAAUAAUAACAUAAAAAACAAAACCUAUAAUAAUUAUUUGACGUGUACUUUAACUUCUUAGUUGACUCCUUGUCCCAUCCACUAACAAGGAGGAAGCUGGUUCAAGACCUAUUAUUUCAGCCACCAGGUGGCGAUCGAGACAGUUUGGCUUCACUGUUUGGCAGCUGUCAUGUUGUCCAUCUUUAUUUACUGUCUGUUGUCCACAGCAUUGCGGACUGAAUUACUGAACUAAUUUGUGUGUUUUAUCUUAUGUUUUAUAUUUGUGCACAAUGUGUCCUGUACAUAUCUUUGUUUUUUUACCAACUUUUUCAAACCUGUGAUUUAUUUUGUAAGUCUGUUUUUCUACCUGUUCAUGUUUUUUUAUCUGUUAUCUAACUCUUAAAAUGGAGUUGAAAGAAAGCUCAGUUAUUGUUUGUCAAACUUGAAUUGUGAAACUGUUACUGCUUUCCUGAGACUCAGAUUCACAUCUCUUAUUUUCGUAUUUUUUACGUGUUGUACAAAAUGUAUAAUGUAAAAAACACAAACAACCCAUUUGGGCUCUGGGGUCAUGUAUUGUACCUAUGUGAGUUAGGGCCAGGCAAUAUUCCUUUAGUUUGAAUCUACUUUUCUUGGCUCAUUUCAUAGAUGUAGGAAUUAAAACUAAGCAUAAAAAUACCCCAAAAUAUUUCAGUUAAAUUUACUAACCACUAGGUGAAAAACAUUAGAGAUUUGUAAGUUACACCCUUUCCUAAUAUCUCAGUGCUAUAUUGGAAAAACUACAGAUUUGGCCUCUGUAAUGCUGAUAUUAUUUAGUAAUGUUUACUUACAGAAAACAGGGUUCCAACCAACAAUCCAAUCAAUUGUUGUCUAUCAGGUCUGUGUCCAUUAAAUACUUUUGAAAUAAAGGUUUUCUCACAUAACAA